UGCCACCAAGCCCCUCGCUGAUUGGCUGCAGGGCAGGCUGGCGCCUACCAACUCCGGGAGGGAAGGGAGGAAGGAAAGAGGCGCCGCGGAGGCAAGGGGAGCUCUAGGGCGCCUCGGCUCGCGGGAAUAGCGCAUCCCCGGUGUCACCGCCCUGCCACAGUCCGGCGACUAGAGCCAGCGGCCCGUUUCUGGCACGUACACACUCCUCCCUCUCACGAAUGGGACCGUCCCAGACUGUACCAAGCCCCAGGCAGGGGAGAUACGUCCUGGGCGCUCAACGCCGCCUGCCCAGGACUCAAGCGGGUGUUGGACGCGUCCUCCCGGGUAGCGGGCGGGCCCACGACUUCCUUCACCAAAGGGACGUGCCGGAAGAAGCUCUUCCUCUAGGGCUCCAGUUGGUUCCGUCCUCGGCGUCUGGUUGCCAGGCAACGCGGUGGGGCGCGCCCAUUCCGGCGGAGGGGGGUGCCCCUCCGGGUGGUGCUGCCCGCUCGCGCGGGGACAGCGGGGCGUCGUGGCACAGGUGAGGCCUCGCCGGCCUCUCGGGGGCGCCGCCGGCUGCCUCCACGCCCUGAGGGCCCGGCCGCCUUGGGGAAACCGGAGAGAAACCAGCGCCGUGCACGUACAGUGCAGCCCCGCGCGUCAUGAAUGUAACGUGUGCCGGGGGUUAAACGGGCCUAGCUAGGCCAAAAAAAAAGAGGAGGGAAUGCUGAGAGCUGGCAUUUUCCAACGGUGCCUCAAGUCUGUCCGGGGUGCUCCCCAUUCUAGAAAGGUUGAGAACCACUGGGUUAAGCCAUGCCAGCCCUUCAGCGUGCCAACUGCCCUGCAUCGCCCAUGUUUGGUCAUCUCCAUGAUGGAAAUAUUACAUUUGUCAUUGGUGUGUCAAACACCACAUCUUCCAAGCUGUGUUUCCUGAAGGAGCAGCUCAUAAAGGCUCUCUUCUCAAUGUCCAGCAGCCCAGCUGAAUCCAAGUUCAACAUCAUAAGCUUUGCUGGCAAGGUGGUAAAAUGGUGCAGUAAGUUAGUCAAAUGUUCUCUCAGUACCGUCACUGAAGCAGCAGCAUGGAUUAGAGCCCUGCAGUGCGGGGAUGGUGCAGAAGUUGUGUGCGCCUUGGCUGCAGCAUUUGAAGAUCCCGGGUGUCAGGCAGUGUACCUGGUCACAGAUGCUGUCCUUGAGAGCGCUUCAGAGGAAAUCUGUCACUUUCUUAUAGAGACUGGGGAGUCACGCCCUGUGCACAUUGUAUACCUGGUGGGAAAUCCAGGUGAUUUUGAAAGCCACACACAAAAAAUAAUGGAAAAAGUAGCCAGACAGUCUGGAGGAUCCUUUCGGGUGAUCAGCCUCCACACAGCUAGUGCUUCAGAUGAGGUAAACACCAAAUGCUCAAAUGUCCACUGUUGCAGCGCAGUCACUAAUCCCUCAGGUUGUUCGUUGCUGUUGGGGUGCCCCAAAAAACACUUUCCUACUUGUGGAUGGAGACCAGAUCCUCCUACUCUACCCCUGGCAUCGUCAGCAAAGGAGAAUUUGAUGGACUUAUCCCUAGAGGUACCCCAUUUACUGAGGGGGGCUCGGAUCCUAGCCAGGAGAGAGACUGAUGGGUAUUACUACCAAGGCCACAUUGCCCAACAGGCAAAGAGGUCUGGGGAACGGUUUUUAAUUGAGUUUGAGAGAAGUCGCUUACGGAAAGGCAAGGUGCAGCAUCGAAUGCAAGAAACCCCCCUCUAUGACAUCAUCCAAUAUGAAGAUGCCAGGCGAUUGCCUCUAGCUCCAGGAGAUAGGGUCUUGGCACCCUGGGAGCCUAAAGGUGAACGAUAUGGCCCAGGCACUGUACUGCAGGUUGCAGAGAGCAAAGCAGCACAUUUAGUGCCUGACGACAGAGAAGUGCUUGUGAAUUUCUGGAAUGGGCGGACUAAGACGGUGCACGCUGACCAAGCUCUGUGGAUCCCUUUGCCCUUAAGCGAGCGCAUCAUUCUAGAACUUCAGAUGCCCUUGGCAGCCAGGCAGAUGCUGGUGGAAUCAAGCUCAGACUAUCCCUAUGUUGUGACACCUGGUUACAGAGCAUCAGGGCACUGCAGACAUUUAGAUCCUGUUCACUGUCAGAGUGACUCACAAGUCCAGUCAUAUCCUGACUGCUGUUUUCUGUGUCCCUCACUUUGCCAUUGCUGCCCUGUAGCCUGGGUGCCUAUUAGGCCCAGGGUGAGCAGAGUUCAUUCAGAUGAUGACCUGAUCCCAGGAACAAGCCUGACCAAAGAAGAGCUGAGCAGGAAGAUAGAAGAACAGCUGUCUAAAGGGAGCACCCCCAUUUCAGAAUGGGUCUCCAGAGAGGAAGAGAAAGAAGAGAAAAAGGGAGCAAAGGAAGGAAGUGCCCCUAAAGACUUAGAAUCUUGGAUGGAGGUAGGAAGCAAGGUUACAGAAGCCAAGAAGAACCCUCAGGAGUUGAACUGUGCCAGAGCUGAUAUGGCUGUUAACACAGACAGCUGCCUAAUGGAGUUAAUGUACAAAGACAGAGAAGGCAAGAGGUACCAUGAGGCUGACCCUGAAGCUCAUUUUAAGAAUGAUCCAGGUCUUUUACAGUCCAGAAUUGCAGAAGCUCCAGCCCAGCAACCCCAAACAAACCCUUCCACCAAAGUCCAUGCUUUCAGCACUUCUGGUCGCCAAGCUUGGUUUCACCGAGUGGAUCAAUCUCUAAAGAAAGACCGCUUGACUAUUGAAUCUAUCGUGUGUGUGCGGAGACCCCACAGCGCUCCAACUGUGCAGAAAUCUGCAAUUACCAAUGCAACUGAAGAGAGCCUGAGACAGGCAAACUUCAAUGCAGCCAGGAUUGAGCACAAAAGGCAGCAAGAGAAGCAGAGGCAGGUAAAGAGGGAGCAACAGCAACUGGCAGAAGGCCUGAGACACCAGCUGUUGCAAGACAACCGCAGGCAGAGAUCUCUUCAGAGAAUGUUGCAAGGGUUGGAGAAGCAGCUGGAGCACAAUGAGCAGGCCUGCCAGCACAUGGUGCAGCUCCAAGCUGCCAGGGCAGAGAGGAACAGAAAGGAAUCCUCUCUGCAAGAGGAGGAGAAAAAGAAGGAGACUCAAAGGCUGCAGUUCCUAAAGGCACAGCGUCUGCAGAGAGAGAAAAUUCUGGCAGAAUAUGAUGACAGGAUCUCUGACCAAGACAAAAAGAGACAGGAUUUGCUCAGGACCAGAAGGCAGUCCCGACAGGAGAUCUUGAAACAAGAAGUACAGGAGCAGCACACUCAGCAGAGGAAGCAUGAGGUUACCAAAUGGAAAGCAUUCCAAAAUCGGGACCAGUUGCAGCAGAGACUGGAAAAGAAAUGCCAAAAACAUCGGGACCUCCAGCAGUACCUCAGGGAGCAGAGCCUUUUGAUGCUCCGUGCCUCCUUGCUGUUGUAAAAAGGCUGCAGUGCAGGUAAUCAGUCUCCUGAGCACUCUCUCAAGUCUGCUAUAUAUGUUGUAGAUGUGAACCAAUGUGCUGGGCUUGAGUUAUAAUGCAGUGAUGAGAAGCAGAUGACAGUCAUUCUUGGAAAUAUUUAUAUCUCCCCUUGAGCAUAGUCAGAGUCUAUUUGCAGGUACCCGUCCCUUACAAACCUUGAUCUACCUACUGUGAAGACACUCAGGUCAGUAAAACUGCUGGCUGGUUUCCAUUUUGUCUUAUAUGCUAAAUAUGUAGUGGCUUUGGAGGUGGACACAAUCUAGAAUAGAGAUGAGAUAUAACAGGCAUCAAAGGAGAGAGAUGUUUGCAUUUUGAUGUGCUAGGACAAAAAUCCAGCUCUGUUGAGUUUGACAGAACCGUCAAGCCAGGGAGCAGGAAGGUAACAGGCUGUCUCCUCUAGAAGACCACUGAGACUAGACCUGCUGCACUGUCUUCUGAACUCUUUAGUGCCAAGAAGAUAUAAACCAACUGAGGGAGUUCAGAGAAGAACAGCAAAAUGGCAAAAGGGUUUUAGGACUAAUUCAUAUAGGAGACAAAGAACACAAAGCAUACUACUACCAAGCAAGGGGACAUCAGGCUGUUAGUACUUUCAAGCUGCAAACCCAGAGGGACAAAAUGCUGUAUGCUAGUAAAAGUGGUAUGGGUUAGGACUAGGGAGGGGAAAAGACAAACAAUUAAGGCAAAAAAAGUCAGGAGAAGCUUCCUGAAAGGGAGAGUUAGCAGGCUGGUUAACUGUCCCAGGAGACAGAUGGAAGCCACCCCCCAUUUAAAAGUAUCCUAGGAAUGACCAAAGGGUUGUAUUGUUGGGGAUAGUCCUGGACUGGCAGAAGAAUAAACCUGCUAAGUGUUUUUCUACUCCUUGUGGAACAGAGGACUGAGAGCACUUUUCUUCUGAACAAGGUUACAAAAGUGUGUUUCUAUACAUAAGAAGCCCUGUAGAAUAGGAAAGGCAGUCCUAUGGCAUUCUAUCAGGGGCACAACUGGGACAUGGAUCACUGAGGCUUGACAAGGUCCACACCAGAGACACUAGUCAUGGGGUCCAGAGCAGGCAGCUGUAGGUGUAAAGGACUGGGACAUAUGUGAUCAGCAAACUGAAGUCAGGAGCCAGCUGUUGAAAGAUGGGGGUCUAGUCUGGAAUCUGGAACAAGGAAUC